CCAGCGUUCUGAUUGGCUUGCCUCUCCUGCGUCAUUCGACCAAUCAGGGGCGUUGAUGCCUUAGCGUGUCCUCUCACAGGAAGGCGUGUGUGACAUUUGCUGCUAGAAGCUAGCAGCCGGAUAAAGAUGAUCAGUGGAAGUGAAUAGGUGAUAUUUUUGUUUCCGCGCUGCAGCUGACUUUUGGGCGCGCACUUUAUUGAACUUUUCCCGCUACAGUCGCCAGUUAGCAUGAAGUGUAGAGUUGAAUAAAACUUUAACCGGUUUUAUUUGGGGGGUGGGGGGGCUAAGGCUUUUCAUAACUUGUACAGUAAGUGCUUGGAGUUCCGGUUGAGGUCGUGUCAGUCUCGUGCAGUCGUCGACGCGGUAACUUUCCGUUUUGUUUCGAUGUGUUGCUGUUUGAGUUGACGUCUGCGCGCCUGCUGACUUUGCAAACUGCGCUUUGCACACAAGGUUAAAUUUAGCUUUAGCGAACUAGCUGCUUCACUCCUGCCCGGCUGCAGCUUUCCCACUUUCUUAUGCUGACUUGUCGGGGCAGGUGUGGCGUAAGUAGGCCAGGUGUGUUGUGGGAUAGAUAGUUCGGCGUGCCUCACUACGUCCAGCAGUUGGUUUUAGGGCUUUGUGAGUGGAAUCAUGCUGCUCUCUCUGGUGGUGCACACGUACUCGCUGCGGUACUGGUUUCCAGCCACGAUCAUGCUGGGAACAGCCCCAGCUUACAUACUGUCAUGGGGCGUUUGGCGCAUGCUUUCAACUGUAUUACCAGCAAGUAUUUAUCACAAGAUAGACGACCGGAUAUACUGCAUCUACCAGAGCAUGGUCCUGUUCUUCUUUGAGAACUACACAGGAGUGGAGAUUGUAAUAUAUGGAGAUAUACCAAAGAAGAAGGAGAACGUCGUUUACCUGUCAAAUCAUCAAUGCACAGUUGACUGGAUCAUCGCUGACAUGCUCGCCAUCAGACAAAGCGCUCUGGGUCAUGUGAGAUAUGUCCUCAAAGAUGGACUCAAGUGGCUCCCGCUUUACGGAUGGUAUUUCUCUCAGCAUGGGGGAAUCUACGUGAAACGAAGUGCAAAGUUUAAUGAAAAGGCCAUGAGAAAGAAGCUUCUCAACCAGACGCAAACAGGAACUCCAAUGUACCUUGUCAUCUUCCCAGAAGGAACUCGGUAUAAUCCGGAGAUCAAGAGCGUCAUCGCUGACAGUCAGGCUUUCGCUAAAAAACAAGGACUGGCUGUUCUAAAGCACACGCUUACUCCCAGGAUGAAGGCCGCUCAUGUCGCCAUCGAGACCAUGAAGGACCACCUGGACGCUGUGUAUGACGUCACUGUGGCUUAUGAAGGAACGCUGGAUGGCUCCAGUCAGAGAAGAACUGCUCCCUCCAUGCCAGAAUUCCUCUGCAAAGAAUGCCCCCGUGUGCACAUACACUUUGACCGCGUGGACAUAAAUGAAAUCCCUCCAGAGCCCGAGUUCUUCCGCCGAUGGCUGCACGAGCGCUUCGAGAUCAAAGACCGGCUUCUGACAGAUUUCUACGAGUCCCAGAAUGUGGAGAAGAAGAACAGUUUCCCCGGGGAGGCAAAAGUGUCUCCGCUGAGGCUCUACAGGACCCUCCCGUCUGUGAUGAUCUUGGGAGGACUGACACUGCCAAUGCUGCUGACCGAGAACGGCAGGAAAUUCUACGUCCGGACCUGGGUUUGCGGGACGCUGCUGGGCUGGAUGUGGGUGAAUCUUUGCCCUUAACAAACAGGGUGGAGCUGUUGCAACGAGAUGCAAAGAAAAACAUGAAGACGGGUGCCAUUUACCGUAUCCCAGCAACACGGGGCGUGUUCCAAGUGCAGAGCAAUAUCUCUGAGUUUUUGACUUUCCAACCGUCACCUGAAGAUGUAAAAACAAGCGUUUUAGCAGCUUUGAUUUUUGGAUUUGCAGCCUAAAGUAAAGAGAAAAAACAAAAAGAAUAGAUUUGUGAAUAGAUAUUAAAGUAAAAAAAUAUAUAUAUAUAUAUAUAUAUGCUAAAUGAAAAAAUAAGAAACCCCAAAAGUUUAUAAAAUAAUAUACCUUUAUUGGGUUUAUCCAAAUUACUAUUCCUGCAUGCAGUUGUCCCCAAAUUUUUUUUAAAGCUUUCAUAUUUUUUUCCAAUGCCAAGUGUACUGUGUUUUUUAAAAAACACAAUGAUUGAUCUCAAGUGCACUGACAACAGUUGUAAUGUUUUUUAUGCCAAUUCCCAUAUCAGGAAAAUUAUGCACUUUUCUCAUGUAUAGUUAUAUUUUUACACUGGUAGAACAAAACAAGUCAAAAAGUAGCUCAUGAACCUGACACCAGCUGCAUUAACCACCACAACAUUCAUGUAAAUGUGUUUGCUUUGAAUGUAGCCGUACAAACAGGAUAUGCCAAUGGACUUCAAAUUAAAAGCGCGCUCUGUUGGUCAUCGUUUUAGUCCAAACUCAAGCUACAGUCAACUAGAAGAAUGUGUGUAAAAACAAUGUUCUACCAUUGUAAGAUGUUACUUGAACCUUAAAAUGUUGGUCAUUGCCAAAAGCUGGUGUGUCUGCCACAGUGUUGUUCUGAUCGUCUCUUUGUGUUAAAGCAAUAUCCAUCAUAUUUCUCACCCAGAGGGGCAAAGAAACAAGAUUUUUUUCCUUUUUUUUUUCCUUUUACAUUUUCAACUCAUGUAUUUGUUGCUUGAUUAUUUUACAGCUCAGAUAGACGUUUAUAUCCUCAAAAUGCUUACAAAGCCAUGUAAACAGUAUAUCACAAAUACCUGUGCACUCAAAGCCAUUUGUAUUAUAACAUCACUGUAUCGCGACAUGCACCGUUUGUCAAUCGUUGUUUACACAAAAAGAAAUCCCUGCGUUUUCUGCGUAUUAGUCUGUUGAUUCUUUAAUUUGCCUCUACAGUUUUAUUUUGUUUUUUUUCAUGUUGAUGGUACCACAAUGUCAUAAUUUUUACGUCACUCCAAUACCUCACAUGAGUAAUCCUUCCUUGUUGUUAAAUGACCUUUGUCAUCCAUUUUAUAGUCAUUUUUAUCCAGAUAAGACCAGACUCUUCAGGAGAAUCUGUAGAAGGCAUUUAAACUUCAACUGUUUCUGGAAAUGUGUGCCUUCUCUUUGGGGGCCACAAUGGCUCUUCCUCUCCAGGUGACUGCAUUCAGGCUCUCUUUUUUCCGAGCUGCAACAUGUAGUCGUGUUGUCUACGGCCCACAGCGGCUUAUUUUGCUCUAAGAAUGCUUUGAGUUCAACCUUUCGGGACUGUUAUUAAAAUAAUGAAAGCUAUCAUGUUGGGAGUGGAGGGGAUGAAUUAAAUAAAAUGUUUUUUUCUUUUCU